AUGGGCACUAAGGUGCAUUUGAGUACAGCUUAUCAUCCGCAGACAGAUGGUCAGUCAGAGAGGACUAUUCAGACUUUGGAGGAUUUGCUGAGGAUGUGUGUGUUGGAUUGGGGUGGCCAUUGGGCAGAUCACCUGAGCUUAGUUGAGUUUGCAUACAACAACAGCUUUCAGGCGAGUAUUGGCAUGGCUCCAUUUGAGGCUUUGUAUGGGAGGCCAUGUAGGACACCCCUAUGCUGGACCCAAGUGGGGGAGCGCAGCAUGUAUGGAGCUACUUAUGUUCAGGAGACGACAGAGAAGGUUCGUGUUGUGAGGCUGAACAUGAAGGAGGCUCAGGAUAGGCAGAAGAGUUAUGCAGAUAGACGCAGACGAGAGCUUGAGUUUCAGGUGGGAGAUAGAGUUUAUCUCAAGAUGGCUAUGUUGAGGGGUCCUAACAGAUCCAUAGCAGAGAACAAGCUGAGUCCGCGUUUUAUGGGUCCGUUUCCAGUAGUGGAGCGAGUUGGGCCAUUGGCUUACAGGCUGGAGUUGCCUGAGAUUAUGAAAGCCUUUCACAAGGUUUUUCAUGUGUCGAUGCUGAGGAAGUGUCUUCACCCUACAGAGGAGUUAGUGGCUAGGAUUCCAGAGGAUCUUCAGCCAGAUUUGACAGUGCCGGCAGUGCCUGUGAGGAUUUUAGAGAGGAGGGAAAAGGUUCUGAGGAACAAGAGGAUUCCCUUACUGAGGAUUUUGUGGGAUUGCAGUGGUUCUACAGAGGAGACUUGGGAGCCAGAGGCAAAGAUGAAGUUGAAGUUCAGGAAGUGGUUCGACAAGCAGGUCGAGGAGUGA